CGGGGCUGGAGAAUGUGAGGCCGCUGCCGUCUCUUGUCAGCCACAGACAUGGAGGAGGAGAGCCUUCCUUCGCCAGCAGACAGGCUGGAUGCGCCAGGGAUCAGCCGGCGGGUCUCCGUCAGCGAGUUCUCCUGCCACUGCUGCUACGACAUUCUCAUCAACCCCACCACCUUGAACUGCGGGCACAGCUUCUGCCGGCACUGCCUGGCGUUAUGGUGGACGUCUUCCAAGAAGAACGAGUGUCCAGAGUGCCGGGAAAAAUGGGAAGGGUUCCCAAAAGUCAACAUCCUCCUCAGGAAUGCCGUUGAAAAGUUGUUCCCGGCUGCCAUUGAGCAGCGCAAAGACGACAUCCUGCAAAACCACGAGGCAACGCAAAGUCUGGCUGCCUUUCAGAAGUAUGGGAGCGACCAGCCCACGGCAGCCCCCAGUGCCGGGAGGGUGAACCCGCCCGGAGGAGGCUUUUUCUCCGGUGUCCUGACCGCGUUGACCUGCGUGGCGGUGGUUUUGCUGGGCUACCAUUGGAGCAGCCGGGAGUCAGAGGACGGCCUGCUGGUCCACAAGCCUGUCGCCAAAUGGACGGCAGAGGAGGUGACCCACUGGCUUGGGCAACUGGGGCCUUGGACGUCCCUCUACAAGGAGAGGUUCCUGCAGGAGAGGGUGAAUGGACGGCUGCUUCUGACGCUGACCGAUGAAGAACUCAGACAGGCUCCUUACCAGGUGGAGAACAGCAGCCACAGAAAAGCCAUCACAAUGGAACUCGAGUGGGUGAAGAUGCGGGGGGUGAAGCCGCCACAAAACCUCUGGGAGUACAAAGCGGUGCAACCCGGAAAAUCGCUGUUCCUGCUCUACGCUUUGAAGAGCUCCCCUCGGCUCACCCUGCUGUACUUGUACCUGUCGGAUUACAGCAACACCUUCCUGCCCUUCAUCCACACCAUCUGCCCGGUGCCGGAGGACGAGGAGCUUGCAGACGUUAUUGCAAAACUGCACGACCACAAGGACCCGGUGUGGAAACAGUGGCGGGAAUUCCUGGUGAAGUUUGCUUUUCUGCCCUAUCAGCUGCUUGCCGAGUUCGCUUGGGACUGGCUGGAGGUCCAUUACUGGACCUCCCGCUUCAUCAUUGUGAAUGCUAUGCUGCUGUCCGUGCUGGAGCUGCUCUCCUUCUGGCGGCUCUGGUCAAGGCGGGAGCUGAAGAAAAUUCCCUACCGGAUGUGGAGCCACUUCUGGAAAAUGUCAACCCAGGGAUUCCUGAUGGCCAUCUUCUGGCCAGUUAUUCCCCAGUUUGCCGGCAAUUGCCUCUUUUACUGGGCUUUGUACUUCAACCCGAUCAUUAACAUUGACCUUGUAGUGAAGGAAGUCCGUCGGCUGGAAACCCAAGUCCCGUGAGGCAGAGGGCCCUGGCCUUGGGGCGGCCAGACCCUCCACCGUCGGGGGCAGGAUGCUGAGGGAUCAGCUCUGUCCUUCUGCACUUCUAAAUCAGCUGAUACUUCCUCCAUGGGUAACUGAACCGUCUAGUUUUGCAGCUCUUUGCGUGCCCCACUUCCUUUUCAGGGUCAAGAGGCACUUUUUCCUGGGGGCAGAGAAGAUGUAAUGUUUGCAUAAUCCAAACUCUUACUUUGAGCCGACUGAAGCAGGGGUUGCAAACUCUUUGGAAAAGGAUACCUUGCGUGUAAAUAGGUGAAUUGGUUUCUCUGUGUGUCUAAAUUUCCUCUGUGUUGCUUUGUGUUAAAUCUCUGGUGAAACCAAGACGAUCUUUAUGUUAAUGUGAUGUCCCUAUAAAUGAAAUUUGACUCUGCAUUUGUAUUAACAUGAUCUUUAAAUUUGCAUAGAACAUUUUUACAAAUUAAAUAAUAUUUUCUAAAAGUA